CACAGUUAAAAAAGUUUGCCCACUUUUAGUACACCUAGUAAGUGUAUAACUCGUAAGUGUUAGUUAAGUGGUCCAGCGCAACACUUGCCAAAAGUGCUGAAGUACACUAAUUCCGGUACUCAAUGACAAGUGUAUACCAUAUCUCUGAGACAAUGCUGGCCUUACAGCCAGUGGCAAUUCUUUCUCCCCACCCCUUUUGUAUCAACCCUUAUCUGCGCCCUAAGGUGAAACGCCUCCAAGGUCGAAUGACUCACUUCUUCUGUGCAAUAUUGCUAAAAACAAAAGACAGACAGUAGCCACAACAGUGUGGGUGUGUUCAAAGUUGCAGCUCUGAUCGCCAUUGCCAGUUACAUCGUCGUUGAAGGUCCAGAUAGGUCAUUACCUGCUGUGUUUUAUCCGCGUUUAUCAGCAUCGAGUGCAACGAUCCUUAACUGUAUUCUUGGUUUCUGGCAGUGCCAUAGUGCCAUGUCAAGUGUGGAGAAGCGACGUAGUGACUUCUCGUGUUUUAAAUGUGAAAAGAUUAUCCCUGGCCCUUACACAGCAUUAAGUAGACACUUUAGGAUUCAACAUGGUUUUAAAACAGCAGCAAUCUAUCACAAAUAAAGCCAAGAUCCAUGAGUAUAUGGAGAGUACGUUUGAUUACCGGGAGCAGCAAAUUUCUGUAACCUUAACGUCCGCUUCUCAAAUUUUCGAAGAAUAUCCACGUUACGUGGAUUUUGAAAACGGAUCUUUGAUAUUGCACGAUUUUUAUCGAAAAUAUAAGGACGCACACUCCUGCUUGGAAACGCGUUUCUUCGGACGGUUUCAGAACGCUUUGGUUGGAUUAGCGGAAAGGAAAAAAGUGGAAGUUACAAAAUCUACUGACGAAUCUCUUGGGGCAUUAGUUUUGUGUUUGAAAGUAAUGCCCAGUGUAUCCAGGAUUAAGAAGGCUGAUUUUUCAUCAAAACUGGGUCGCCUUUUUUACUUCGUCAAAGAAAAUGCUAGUAUAUCUUCUAUUGUAGAAUCAAAAGACGAAAUCUAUCAUAAACAGCCAUUCUUGAUCGUCUCUGGAACCCUGGAACAUCCUUUAUCAUUCUUUCUCGUCAUAGAAAAAACUGCCAUUCCAGUUGGUAGUAACUGUGCUCAUGCCUUUCAUGUGCUAUUUGCAUCUUUUUUCAUUUUCCGAUUGGAAUAUCCUCAAUAUCUUGACAAAUUUUUUCUUUUUUUCGAACAAUUUGUUUUUCAAAUUGGAAAGAAUAUCAGCGCUUGCAAUCAAGAAUUUGCAAACUGCCUCGACAAUGUUGCAUCAGCAACAAUUCCGCAGUCCCUCAAACAACAGCAGCAAAGUUAAAUUCAUUCUUUGAUAUACCGCUUGUUUUUUCACCUUUAUUCGUUUACUGCAUACCAAAUCCAGCCUUAAUGAAUAAAUGACAGCAUCACCUGCUUUUUCUAAAAUCUAAA